AUGGGGCCCCCGGGCAAUAGGGGGAUCAUGGGGCCCGUGUGUCAUUGCCCAAACUCAAAAAAGCCUAUGAAAAAGUUUGCUCAGCAGUUUACAAUAUAAACAACUACAUCUAAAACAACUUGAUGAGCUCUAUACCCCAGCUUUCAGUGAACAGGUGAGAUCGGUACCAGGGGCGGACUGAUAACUCAUGGGGCCCCGGGCAAUAGGAGAUCAUGGGGCCCCUGUGUCCUCGCCCACACCCAAAAAAGCCAAUGAAAGGUACCAGGGGCAGCUCAUGGGGCCCCCUACUGACCCCGGGCCCUCGAGCAGUGCCCGAGUGCUCAAAUGGUCAGUCCAC